AUGGAACCAUCACAAGACAUCAUUGAAGUUAAAGAAGAACUCAUGGUUUCACCACUAUCAGGUCAAAAUCCAACUCACAAAACUGCUUAUUUCAUCAAACCAUGCAUGGAAGAUUCAGCACGUAACCUCUUUCUUCUUCCUCGUUCCAUGUUCUCUUGUGGACCAACCAUUUUGACUUCCAAAAAUGCAAAGCUACCACUGGAUGUAAGAUACAAUGGAUGGCUAUAUCCUCAUGAAGAAUGGAAAACAUGGGUCCGACAAAUGCAACAAAAGUAUGAAUAUUUGUGGAUAAAAGCUGGAAUAGACCAAGCAAUCAAAGCUUCUACUUAUCAAAUCCAUAGGAAUGAUGGGUUGAUUCUUGAGCUUGCAAAAAGAUGGUGUUCAAAGACUAGCACUUUCAUGUUUCCUUGGGGUGAAGCAACUAUAACGUUGGAGGAUAUGAAGGUUUGUUGGGGCUAUUCUGUUAUGGGAGCUCCUAUUUGUAGCACUCUUGUGAGUGAUGAAGAAAAGGAAAUAGAAAAAGAACUGAUUGCAGUGAGAAAAAUGUUUUUCAAGUCUACGGCCAAAAGGGCAGAUCAUACUCCAUGGAUGAAGCAUUUCAUGAAGAAUGAAAGCCAAGUUGAGCAUGAAGGGUUCUUGUCUUUGUGGUUGUCAAGGUUUGUUUUCCCUGCUAAAUCAUAUAAUUCCAUGUUGAAAAGUGUUUUCCCUAUUGCAAUUCAUCUAGCUAGAGGGACUCAAAUAGCUCUUGCACCAGCUGUUCUAGCAAGCAUUUAUAGGGAUUUGAGUUUGUUGAACAACAAAAUAAGAAAUGCCACAACAGGGGAGUUAGGGAUUACUCUAUGGGCUCCUUUUCAGUUGGUUCAAGUUUGGGCUUUAGAGAGAUUUCCAGCACUGAAGAUUCAUCCUCGUGUAAUUGAGCAAGGCCAAUCCAUAGUGGCCAAAUGGCACAAAGUGAAAAUGUCAAAAAAUAAAAACUUGAAAUUGAUUUUUGACUCUUUCGAAACAAGAAAUGGCUUUCUUUGGCGUCCGUACAAGAAUUCUCCAACCCUUAAGAUUUACAAUGAAAAAGACAAGUGGGUAUGCAAUAAUCUUGAUUUAGAUGAUGAAUUACAAUCCUUCGCGCGCUGCUUGAGGGUCUCAGAGUUGGCAGGUAUGGAGUGUAUAGAACAGUAUUGCCCAAAUCGUGUUGCUAUGCAAUUUGGGAUGGAUCAAGACAUUCCUGGUAUGGUAUUACAUUGCAAUGAGAAUCCUUGGAUAAAGGGUGAAGGGUGCUAUGGCCCACCACCUGGUUUUGCUUCCAAGUAUAAGAGAGAUCAAACACAGGAUUCUGAUAAAGAGGAUAAGUUGUCAUCAAUUAUUGAAUUGUCCAGUUCUUCUAGUAAAGUUAGAUGCAUUGAUGAUCAAGUUGAAAAUGACAAGGCUUUAUCUAGUCCUCAAUCUGGUGUUUUUCCAUCAUCAUGUGUUGAAGGAGCAAAAAGUUUCAAGGAUGAUGGAAAUGAAGUCAAUAUUAAGAAUUCAUUAUGGGAUAGAAAUGGUGCCAAUAGCAUGGAAGGGGAAGAUGCUAGUCCUUGUACAGCAUUAGCAUCUAAUCUUGAAAACCGGAUUUGGAAGCUUGAAGAAGUGAUUGCUAAGCUUAAAGCAGCAAAAUUUGGCCCUAAAGUUCAAAAUAUUGGAGCAAGGGCAAAGCCAUAG